AUGGAGCUGAAGCGUUUGGAGCCUCUUCCUAGAUCUGACCAUUAUGGGAUCGCGUUCAAAAUUGGAGGACUGCAAUUUUUGACUCCACCAGGAAAAGCAACAUUGCAAACUUGCGGAAUGGAGUCGGAAGUCGUCAGCGAUGAAGGAGCUGUGGAAGAGCCCGUUCAAGAUGCUUUGAAUCCCGAAGAAAUUGAGGAAACUGAAGAAGCAGAAGAUGUCGCUGCAGGGACAUCAUCGGGAAAACCGAUCAGGAAAAGGAAAAGGAACAGAAAGAAUGACUUUGUCGAGUUUAGCGAAAUCAAAGAUGAGCUCAAUCCAUGGGCGAAGCUCGGCGAGCGAAAGAACACAUUGGUGUUGUCUUAUGUUCAAAAGAUUCAGAAAGAAACCCAAGAGCAACGAGAGAAACGCCUGGAGCACAUCCGACGACUGAACCGGCAACGACUGCAAACCGAGACGCCGGAGCAGAGAGAGCGACGCUUGAAAGUUCUUCGCGAAAACUCGAGAAAACGUCGAAAUAGGCUGAUUGCUGAACGCGGUCUUGAGGAUGUUCGACGGAAACGAAAGGAGUUCCGCGUGUAUGACGAGUCAGACUCUCUCAAUGGCCCGGUGGACAUUGAGAAACUUCAGCUCGCGGAAAACAAGGAACGCUAUGCUCCGCUUCAAGUAACAGCCCUGAAGGCCAACGAGUUCUUGACCGGAUUGGAACAACAAAGAAUAAUCAAUCGUGGCGUUCAAUUUCCCGACAAACAAAUCUAUGUUCUGCACAGUUUUUGGGCUGAAGGAAUCAUCAUCAAAACCUUGGACGCUAUACCGAAGAGCCCAUUGCCGCUCAUUCAGUUACCGCAAGGACUCAUCAAACCCUACUUUGCCGCGUAUCAAGGAACAUCUCGGUACCUGCAAACGUUCGAUUAUUUCCAAGAAUUGGGCGAUAAUGCUAAAACAAAAGGAGCCGAUUUGAAUGGUUUUCCAAUGACGUACAAGGAAUGGGUUGAGUUUGGAAUGCCGGAUACUGACAUGACACCAGACAUCGAGGGCGGCUAUUUCGAGAAAGAAUUCUUAGAGGUGGACAUGAAACAAACGCUGAAGCCGGGCCAGAGCCAGGCGUCGACUCUCCUUUUCGCCCAGGUCAAAGAGGAGAUCGAAGAGAAUCCUAUGCCAAUUAUUGACAGUGAAUUGUCCGAUCAGAUCACAGAUGUUUCCACGAUGAGCGAUGAGAAGAAAGAUGUUGUCAAAAUGUGC